AUGAAUCAGUGGCGUCGCUUCCAGUUCUUCGAGGACCGCUCGCCCGUCGGGCCGCUAGCUGACGCGCUCGCGCAGGGCGUGCGGUGCGGCGCGGGAGGUCGAGGCCGACUAGCCGUUGGCACGGAGAGCGGCUCGGUGCUGUUGCUAGAUCGGUCGCUGCAGGUUCGGCGAAGCUUCGUGGCUCAUGAAGGCCCCGUGGCGUUUCUACACCUGUUCAAACAACGCAGCUGUCUGUUGACGGUGGGCAAGGAGGCAAGGGGAGCAGCAGUGGUGCUGUGGGACCUGGACAAGGCUGCUGCUUCAGGUGUUUCUUCAGGUGCUUCAGGUGCAGCAGCAGCGGAAGGAGGCGCACCUGCCCUUAUGCGGACUUUUAACAUCUUCUCAGACGCGUUUCCUGCCGCACAGAUCACAGCCUGUGCCAUCCGCGAGGCGCCACAGCUAGGCUACCUCCUGGCCGUUGGAUUGGCCACAGGAGCCGUCGAUGUGCUCCUAGCAGAUUCCUCCAUGCGGAUCAAACGGCUGAGAAUCCCCCCCAACAGCAGCCAGGGGCAAGGCGGGAUUGGGGGAGCAGGUGGAGUGGGGGCAGGAGCAGGAGGAGAGGGGGCGGGGGAAGGCGGAGGAGGAGGGGGAAGGGGAGGAGAUGCGCUGGGUGCUGGGGAAGGGAGAGGAGGUAUAGCAGCAGCAGGACUAGGAGCAGGAGGGAGUAGUGAUCAUUCCCCAUCCUCCUCACCCCCUGCCCCUUAUGCCUCUACCUCUGCCUCUGCUUUGGCUUCAACUGCCGAAAAUCUCCCCCCCGUUGCAGUCACAGGGCUGGGGUUCAGGAUCCUGGAUUCGGGCCCACAGCUCUUUAUAGUCACGGGGGAGACAGUCACACUGUACACUCUUCCCAGUGGCAUGUUUGGGGCUGCAGCGGAGGGAGGGUGGGCGGGGAGGGGAGGAGGAGGGGGAGGGGGAGGAGGGUGGGGGGUGGUGCUGGAGGAGAGGGGAGGGGAUGUGUUUUGCUCUGCCAUGACUGAUACUCAGGACCUAGUGGUGGCACGUCCAGAAGCAUUCUACUGUGCGCCGCUCACCCCCGCCGCCUCUCUCCUCGCGCCCCUUCUGCUGCUGUGUGAGGGAGGCGCCGUGGUGCUGCUCUCCCUACACAGGCGAGGAGAUGGGGGAGGGGGAGGAGAUGCAGGAGGGGUGUCAGGAGCAGGGGUUUCAGGAGGAGGGGCUUCAGCAGGGGGAGGAGGCGGCGGAGGCGUAACAGGUGGAGGGGCAGGAGGAGGAGCAGCAGGAGGAGGGGGGGCAGGGCGGGUGGAGGCGAGGGGAUUAUUGCUGGUGGAGAGGGACAUGGCGUGGAAGCUGGAGGCGCUGUUCCGCAAGGGGCUCUACUCCAGUGCGCUGGACCUCGUGGUGUCCCAGGGAGGGGACACUGCUGCCACGGCUGAAGUUUUGAGACGAUAUGGCGAUCAUCUGUAUGCGAAGCAGGACUAUGAAGAGGCAAUGGGGCAAUACGAGCGCACGAUCGGGCAGGUGGAGCCGUCAUACGUGAUUCAGCGCUACCUGCACGCCCAGAGGUUGCGCCUGCUAGCCCGGUACCUGGAGCGGCUGCACGAUAAGGGGGUGGCUACACCGGACCACACCACCCUGCUCAUCAACUGCUUCUCGCGCCUCAAGGAUGUCUCAAAACUGGAUGCUUUUGUUCGGGCCGGCUUCGAUGCUCCCUCCUCCGAUACCCACUCCAUCGAACCACCAACCACAAGCACACCCAAGCCUUCAUCUGCCCCCUCCUCUGCCUCCACUCUCCCCCUCUCCCUCACCCUCUCACUCCCUCACUCCUCCUCCUCUCCCGCCCUCCCUUACGAUCCCGACACGGUGAUCCAAGUCUGCUGCUCCGCUGGGUAUUACAACCAAGCUCUCUUCGUAGCUCAGCGCGCCGCUAAGCAUUCCGCUUACUUAAAAAUCCUUGUGGAAGAUUUGCACCGCUAUGCGGACUCGCUGGCUUUUAUUUCCGCCCUCGCCGACCGGGCGAAAAUUGUUUCGGCUGCCCGGGAAUACGGGCCAGUGCUAGCGGCUCACCUGCCCGAGGAAACUAUUUCUCUGUUCUUAGAACUCUGCACAGGAUUUGGCAGCAGCAGAGAUGGAGGAGGGAUGGGAGCAGGAGGGGUGGUGGGAGUUGGGACUGUUUCAACAGACCCUGUGCGUUGGGCAGAACGAAGGAUGCUUCUCGGGCAGCAAAAAGAGAUAGAAGCAGCCAACAGCUGCAACAACAGCAGUGCUGCAACCAACUCCUCAUUCAUCCCUCCUUCUCCCACCUCCAUCACAUCUCCUCCUGCUGCUGCCGCCGCUGCUGCUGCUGGAACAGGAGCGAGCGGGGAGGGUGGUGGUGGAAGGGGAGGGAUUGUGUCUCCCAGAAAUGCCGAGGGCAAUGACCGGGCAGCUUGCUUGGCCAAGGCGGGGGCGUUGCUGCGAGCCUAUUGGCAGCAGCAGUCGGCUCCUCGUUAUGAUGCUGACCUGGCGCUGCUGACGUGUCAGGUACACGCUCUCAGGGCCGGACCCAUCUUUCUGUACGAGAGAAUGCGGCUGUUCAAGGAAGCCCUGGCGAUGCACAUGCGGGAGGGCGACAGCAAGGGGCUCAUUGCUGCUCACCACUCUCCCUCCCAUCCCUCAUCUCCUCCCACCCUCUUCUGCUCUCCCCCUUCCCAGGUGCAUGGCUUUAGAGACGGGUUAUUAUUCCUGUACGAGAGAAUGCGGCUGUUUAAAGAAGCCCUGGCGAUGCACAUGAGGGAGGGCGACAGUAAGGGGCUGAUUGCUGCGUGCAAGCGUCUGGGGGACGCGGGGAGGGGGGGGGAUCCGAGUGUGUGGGCGGACGUUGUGAGGUAUCUGGGGGAACGGGGGGAGGCGUGCGGGGAGGAGGUGGCGGAGGUGUUGAGUUCGGUGGAGAGGGGUAACCUGCUGCCGCCGCUACUGGUUCUGCAGACUCUUUCGCGCAACCCGCACAUCACGGUGGGGGAGAUAAGGGAUUAUGUGUCGCGGCACUUGCAGCAGGAGACAGCCACUAUCGAGGAGGACCGGAGAGCGAUCGAGAAAUACCAGCACGAGACUGACAAGUACCGAAAGGAGCUGCACCAGCUUCUGACCGAACCUCUUGUCUUCCAGUCCUCCCGAUGUGCCGAGUGCAACUCGCCGCUCGACCUCCCCGCCGUCCACUUCUUUUGUCUGCAUGCAUUCCACCUGCGCUGCCUCGCCGACCCAACCACGGCUGUAGCGGCCGCUACAGCCGCUGCUGCCGCCUCAAUGGCUGGUGAUGUGGGCGGGGUGAGCGGGGGCGGAGGGGUGAUGGGAGGAGGCGUGGGAGGAGGAGGGUAUGGCGGGGCAAGAGCGGGGGGGUAUGGCGGAGGGAUGGGAGAGGCAGGAGAGGGAGGAGAGGAAGGAGAAGGAGAGGGGGGAGAGGGGGGGAUGGAGUGCCCCAAGUGUGCCGCUUCAUACCGGGUGGUGAGGGAGAUGCGGGUGGGGCUGAGGCAGAGUGCGGCGGACCACGACCGCUUCUUCCAGGAGCUGCAUGACGCCCGCGACGGCUUUGGCGUCGUCGCUCUUUACUUUGGCCGCGGCCUUGUGCGCGCAGAGGGCGACUUGCAGUGA